GCUGACUGUCACUCCAGGAGGCGCCUCUUCGCGAGGCAGCAAGUGAAUCGCCGAUCGCCCGCCAAGUCGAGGCGGCCCGCGAGCUGCCGCGCGAACGCGUGGAAGUCGCACGCAAGAAGCAGCGAGUCGAGCCAGCCGAGGAGCGUUCGGUCUCGAUGGCGCCGGUCGAAUCGCGCACGCCUCUGCGCGAAGAGCGCCCUCGUCCGCAGCCGAGCCCAGCUACCCGACUCCUUCCUGCCUCGCACCUGCGAGCAUCGACGCCUCAUGCCAGUAAAGGCACGACACUGCGUUCUGCGCAUCGCGAGCCCUCGACGCAGGCUCGCUCACAUGCGGUCCGACCGCUCGAGAGCAGAGCCGAGACAUCCUCAGCCGAAGACGCGCUCUCGGUGCGCCAGCUGGCGGAGGCGGCUCGUGCGAAGCGAAAAGCUGCGCUGCAGCAUCGUCAGACGAACCUCGAAACGACGGAGGCGGAGGCCAGAGUCGUGCAACAGCGUGCGGCAGAGAUGCGCAGCGCCGCUGAUCGCAUCAUGCAGGUGCGUAGUGCUGAGUGCUGGUCAAUUGCGGCAAUGCUCAUCUUCGCGAUGGCACACAGGCGUUUACGCGCGACGCAAGUGGUCAACUAGCUCGUCGGCUGAGUGCGGCAGAGCAGCAAGUGCACAAGCUCUGCAGCGACUUUGCGAGUGGCGUGUCGGAGAUUUCUGCGCUGACCGCCCGCACAGCUGAGACGCUCCUCGUCGGCGUCGACGGCCUCGAGCGCGCCAUUGAUGCGCUCGAGAAGAACAAGGCGCGCUUUGAAGAGUCGAGCAGCGCCCUGGAGCGCAUGUUGCGCCACACGCGAGAGGGACGUGCGGCGCAUGAAGAGACGGGAGAGGCGUU